AUGCCUCGCGUGCCGCGCCACGCCUGUCAGUCCCGGGCUUUAGGCAUGGUCCAGUGCCAUGCUUUUUAUUGUGCCAAAUACUUUAGAACCAGUUCUACUGGAGAGCACUUUACCAUAGAGUUUGAGAAUCUUGUAGAGAGCGAUGAGGGCGAGAGUCCAGGAAGCAGCCUAAGACCGCUAAGUGAAGAAGAAAUUGGACAUCUUAAAGAAAAGCGGUAUAAUGCAAUCGCAGAAAAUCAGAAGACAGCAGACGAAAAGCUUCACUCUGAGUUAGCUGCACAGGAGGAGAAGUUAAGGAUAGAAGAGGAGGCUUUUUACGCUGCCCAGCGCGAAGCUGCCAGGGCAGCAAUACAGAGCAAGCUUCUGGAGCAUAGGCUCCACAAGAUGAAACAGAGGCCACAACUUGCUGGGAGUGGGGAUUACCAAAAAAGUUUAGCAGCAGGGGAGGACUUUGAAACCUAUCUGCGGAAUGUAAAGGCUCAGUCAGAAGCCUUCAGGAGCAGUAGAGUCACCUCUGAGACAAUUAUGACUCCAAACACAGAAAGUAGCUGUGACUUCACAAACAAAACCAGAUCCACCAAUGAUGACACAUCGCUGGACCUGGAGUGGGAGGAUGAAGAAGGGAUGAACAGAAUGAUUCCAGUGAGGGAACGAUCUAAAACCGAGGAGGACAUACUCCGAGCAGCACUGAGACCCAGCGCUAGGAGAACAGGCAGCAACCCCACGUCAACCUCCGACGAUUCCAAUGGACUGGAGUGGGAAAACGAUUUUGUUGGGACCCAGAUUGACGACAAUGGCAAUUCUGAAUAUGCAGGGUUUGUGAACCCAGUUUUAGAACUCUCCUCCUCCAGUGACUUGCAAAAGCCUGAUAGCGACCAGCAAGAUAGAUCGUGUAAACAGACAGGAGUUGUUUGAAGUGUAAUCAAACUGUUAAACUGUUGUCCUAUCAGUUGUUUUUUUUUUUCUUAAUUUUGCUGGGUAAUUACCGGGUCUGCAAUAUGCAGGUUGACAGAGUGCGUCUGUUGCACAAAAGCGCUCUGAACUAAGUGCAAUUUGGGGUUUCAACCGUCUUCCAUGGUUGGCAAAAAACAUUUGUGUUAUUACCCAAUUUCAUACUCCUACAUUUUCUAGUGAUACCAAGACAGCACACCAACCUGUAUCCUGCAAGUACUGGUUUCAUUUUGGUCAGUGAGAAAUUAAUGUAAAAUUUAUUGCCUAGCACAGUUGUCUGAUCUACAUAGAAUCAGAUUAAGGAUUUUGUGGUUUAUAAUAUGAAAAGAUUCCUGUGUGUCUUCUCAUUUAAAUCACCCAUAACCAACCCCUAGUCACACCCAGGAUCAUUCAAAUCCUACUACUUCAAAUAUAAAACAUUUCAACUGUAGAUCUGGAAGUGUUUUAUAAAUGGCUUUAUUGCAGGGAAGACAAUGUAUUUAUGAUUAUGGAAACUUGAUUUUUCUAACUUUGUAUCCAUUCCAAUGCUCUAUAUGGUAAACUUACCUUAAAUUAUUGACUUCAUUGAUGUGAAAACACUGGGUUUGUCAAGGUGGUUUCUGUAAAUAUUUGUGCAGCCUCAUCAUUGAAGCAAAAGAAAAAAAUGUUUUUAAUUGUUCACUAACAUGCCUUGGUAUAAUUAUUUUUAAGUUGAAGGUGUGACCAAGAAAAUGUAUUUGU